AUGAGUGGAGUCAGGGACCUGGACAGUGCAGCAUCUCCAGUUCUCUCCCAUCCCUUGACUUUGGCAGUGAGUCAGGCGGAUCCGUACGUGACUCUGCUGCUGCCUACAGUCCCUGGAGUGAAAUUCAAGACCCAAACUGUCACCAACUCCAGUCAUCCUGUAUGGAAUGAGACCUUCAGUUUUCUUAUUCAGAGUCACGUCAAGAAUAUUCUAGAAUUGAGCGUCUAUGACGAGGACUUAAUUAUGAAAGAUGACAUCUGCUUCAAAGUUUCUUAUGAUGUCUCAGAAAUCCUCCCUGGCCAACUGAUCCAGAAAACCUUCCGCCUGAAUCCUCAGGGACCAGAAGAGUUAGACGUGGAGUUCCUGCUGGAACAAACGUUGGACCCUCCAGAAAACCUCAUCACCAACAAUGUUCUUGUGGCCCGAGAACUGUCACGCCUGGAUGUCUGUCUGGACAGAGCUAGGAGCGCCACCGUGGCAGCAGGUCAGGACAAACUGGAGCUGGAGCUGGCGCUGAAAGGAUCAUAUGAGGACACGCAGACAUUUGCCCUGGACACUGCAUCCACCGUCAGCUUCCACUACAUGAGGGGCCAAGACACGGAGCUGACAGGAUGCCUGAGGAGCUCCAGAAGCAACGGCUGGAUGUCACAUACCUCAGCUACUCCUCUCAGCGUACCCCUGAAGUCCUUGGCCACAGGGAAGUGGGUGACUGUAGACGUUCCUGCUACAGACGCCCCAGACGUGAAGCUGCAGCUUAGGACAGACAGCUGCCCCAAGGAGCUGGCUGUGCGGCUGGGCUGUGGGCUCUGUCCCGAGGAGCAGGCCUUCCUAGGCCGGAGGAAGCAGGUGGUGGCUGCCGCCCUGAAGCAGGCCCUGCAUUUGGAUAAAGACUUGAAGGAAGACGAGGUUCCUGUUGUGGGCAUCAUGGCUGAGGGAGGAGGUGUCCGGGCUAUGACUUCACUCUACGGUCACCUGUUGGCACUUCAGAAGUUGGGCCUCCUGGACUGUGUGACCUAUUUCAGUGGCAUCUCGGGCUCUACGUGGGCAAUGGCCCACCUUUACCAGGAUCCGGAGUGGUCACAGAGGGACCUCGAGGGACCCAUCAGCCAUGCCAGGGAGCAUGUGGCUAAGAGCCUGUGGAAGGAAUUCCUCCCCGAACACUUGGCAAGCUACCACCAGGCACUGAAGCUUCGUGCGGAGCAGGGCUACACCACCACCAUAGCUGACCUGUGGAGCCUGGUGCUGGAGUUCAAGCUGCAUGGGCAGGUGACAGACCAGAAGCUGUCAGGGCAGAGAGCUGCCCUGGAGCGGGGUCAGAACCCACUGCCUCUCUACUUGAGCCUCAAUGUCAAAAAGAACAACCUGGAUACCCUCCACUUCAAGGAAUGGGUGGAGUUCUCUCCCUACGAAGUUGGGUUCCUGAAAUAUGGCGGCUUUGUCCCCCCUGAGCUCUUUGGCUCUGAGUUCUUCAUGGGGAGACUGAUGAAGAGGCUCCCUGAGUCCCAGAUCUGCUUUCUGGAAGGUAUCUGGAGCAACAUCUUCUCUGUGAACUUGAUGGAUAUUUGGUACGAUGUCACCUCUGGGAAAGAUUGGAAGAAUGUCAUUGUGGAUGUCCGGCACUCAGAAGAGCCCUCAGCCUCAGCAGGAACCUCCUCCUGUGUGGAGACCUCAUGGCUGCAGCCUGGAACAGCCCUGGCCCAGGCAUUUAAGGGCUUUCUGAAUGGCCGGCCAUUCUAUCAACGCAGUGCCAACUUCCUCCAUGGCCUCCAGCUGCACCGGGGCUACCGUAACCAGAAAAACUUCUCCACCUGGGCAGAUUGCCACCUAGAUAACACCCCCAAUCAGCUGACCCCGCAGGACACUCAGCUCUGCCUAGUGGAUGCUGGCUACUUCAUCAACAACAGCUGUCCCUCCAUGUUCCGCUCAGGUCGCCAAGUGGACCUCAUACUCUCCUUCGGCUACUCCCAGUUCUCACCCUUUGAGGGGCUGCUGCAAUCUGAGAAGUACUGCAGAGCUCAGGGCCUGCCCUUCCCCCACGUGGAGCCCAGCCCCGAGGACCAAUGCCAACCCCAAGAAUGCCACCUUUUCUUAGAUCCCACCUGCCCUGAGGCACCGGUUCUGCUGCACUUCCCGCUGGUCAAUGACUCCUUCAAAGACCACUCAGCCCCUGGCGUCCGGCGCAGCCCUGCUGAGCUCGAGUCCGGGCAGGUGGAUCUCACAGGGGAAGCUUCCCCUUACUUCAUGUACAACAUGGCCUACAAGGAGGAAGAUUUCGACCGCCUGCUUCAGCUCACUGAAUACAACAUGCGGAACAACCAGGGCACUGUCCUGCAGGCCUUGAAGACCGUUUUGAAACGUUCUUCAGGGCAUUCAGUUACGGACUUGCCACCUGCAAACAGAGAUGGUCUGACUUCACGCGUCCUGAUUUAAGUGCCUUUUCUUUCUAUGACCUGAUGCUGUGACUAGAACCUCUGACUCGAAUUCAACGGACAUGGCGAGAGCAGCUGUCCUCGUUUUGAUGCCUGGUGUGGGAGGAAAACAUUGAGGUUUUCUACCAUUUUGCUGCUCAGUCUUCUUAAGUGGUCUGGGUUUGUCUGAUUGAAAAUGCUCCAUUCUGUUCCAAGUUGUUGAGUGUUCUUGUUUUUGUUUUCAACCAUAAGAACGUACUAAAUUUUAUCAUGUAAUUUCUGUGUCUCUUGGGAUACUCAUGUGGGUUUGUUCUUUCAUUCUAUAGUUGUUUAUUUGCUUGUUUUGUUUUGGGUUAUUGUUUGUUUGUUUGAGAAAGGGUCUCACUCUCAUCCCUGACUUGCCUGUACUUCAGACACACAGGGGUCUGUUGUGGAAUAAUUCUCUUGCACACUGUAAAGAUUUGUCACUUGAAUUGGUUUAAUAAAAUGCUGAUUGGCCAGUAGCCAGGCAGGAAAUAUAGGCAGGGAUGACCAAACUAAGGAUGAUGGGAAGGAGAAGGGCAGAGUCAGGACUCAGCAGUCAGACCAGGGAGAGGGAGCAGAAGAUGAAUAUGCCAUGCUGAUGAAGGUGCUAUCAUGUGGCAGAGCAUAAAUAAGAAAUAUGGUUAACUUAGAAUGUAAGAGUUAGUUAGGAAUAAGCCUGAGCUAUCAACUGAGCAUUUAUAAAUAAUAUUAAUCCUCUAAGUCAAUUAUUUGGGAAGAGGCUUCCAGGUAUUUGGGAACAGGCAGUUGGGACAGGAAACAUCCAACUAUAGAGAUCUGCUUGCCUCUGCCUCCUAAGUGCUGGGAUUAAAGGCAUAUACCCCCAUGCUUAACCUUAUCCUAUAUUCUAUUCACGUGCCUUACUUAUUUUUACUGAUCUUUGGACAUUAGCUACCCUUGAGGUAGGAAGCAAAGUGGAAACUUUAGUGGUGUAGGAGAUCCUUCUUUUUAUGUGUUGCUUGUAUUGGUUAAUGAACAAAGAAACUGCCUUGGCCUGAUAGGGCAAAGGGAACUGAAUUCUGGGAGGAAGAAAGCAGAGUCAAAAGAAGCCAUGGAUCCGCCGCCUGAGAUGGACGCCCCUUAGAAUCUUGCCAGUAAGCCAUGGACAUGUGGCAAUACACAGAUUAAUGGAGAUGGGUUAAAUUAAGAUGUAAGAAUCAGCCAAUAAGAAGU